UUUAUUGCGGGUCUGGCGCAGUGGGUUGUUUUUGCCGCUGAGGGAGUGACGCUGCCGGGAGCUGCGUGAAGAGGGGACAGGACAGGGGGAGUAACUGGCUGUCCGCUGUAACUACCGCUGAAUGCCUGCUCCACGAUCGCCAAAUCAGCCGCAACAACUACACAAUGAGCCACAGGCCUGGGAUUCGAGAGAUCUGACUUAUCCACAGUCUCCUCUCAGCCUCUGGAUCCCUGUCGGUGUCCGGGCCUAGAGAAUGUGUCGCACAAUUUAAAGCCCUGGCCGCGGAAACAUAUCGACUUCUAUUUCUGCAAAGGUUGCCAAAGAAACACAUGACUACCUCAUCAGAUCAAAGGAAUAAACCUUGAGAACAGAUCAGUUCCUCUGGAGGAGUGAAUGCGGGGUCAGGUGAUUUCUGCCGGCAUCAGACGUGGACUGGGAAGGCAGGGGUUUCUUGGCUGGGACAAGAAAGGAAGCCCUGCAGUGUAACCUGCUGUGGAAGAGCAUUCCACUGCACCCACUGCUGCAGAGCACCGGUCCAGAUACUGGCACAGCAAGGAAAUGGAUUGAAGGAAAUUGUUUUGUGGGCUGUAAUCAGGCAGGAAGGGAAUCGGACUUACUGCUUCAGGUUCACAGAGGUCAAGCCCAGUCAGUAUUGCUGAGUCGAGGGUUGCAUGAGAUCCAUGAUGAGGCAUUUAGGAGGAAAGCUCUUUGUGAUGGGUCAAGAAUCUGGAAAAGCAGCCUGGCCGAGACCAGCAGGAGGUUAUCAGACUGUCACUGGAAGAAGAUAUGGGAGAAGGCAUGCUUAUGUUAGCUUUCGACCCUCUAUUGCCAAGCCAUGGAAACAUUUAAAAGAAAGUGAACAGCAAUGGGAAGGAAUGGAGCUAAACACUGUUUCAAAAGAUAAUGGUUUAUGUGUGUUGCUGUGUUUCAAAUAUAAUACUGCUGUCUAUGAAGCUGCCAGUGGAAUCUUAUCAACAAAUGAGUUGCUUUCACAAUGCACUGGAUAUGACCAAACUAUGGAUGCCAAAAGAGAUGUGGAUUUUGAGCCUCAAAAGGAGAAUAGAUUUUUGUCAUCACCUCUGAAUCAAAGACUUUUUCAAUGCGAGUCCAAUGAAUUUGUUUUACCUAGUGCUAAAGAACCAUUAGGCAAUUAUUUAGAUAUCCAAAAUACAGAAACCCCCAAGUGGUCGAUUCCUAGUAAUUUUUUUGAGACUACCUCCAGAAGUCAGGCUGGUAUUGGUCUUGUAAAGAUGGAUUCAUAUGAACCAGAAAGCAGUGAAGGAGAGGAUGAGGAUUCAGCUACGCAUUUGUCCUUACAAAAAGAAGGAAAACUUCAGAAAAGAUUGGACACAAUGCUUUCAGAGUUAGAAAAAGGUGUUGAUUAUCUUAAUGGGCUACAGUCCUACCUCUCAGCUGUAAUCCAUGAUGGUAGCAACCAGCAGAUUGAGCCGCCAUGUUCUGUGGCAAUGGAUACUUUGUCCAAUGUGGACAAUGCCGUUAAAGCACAUCAAAGUGAAUUGAAAGAGCAUCAGAACACUUCACCAACAUCAGAAAAUGUGCAAGAAAUUAAUGGCUAUGUCAGGAUGGAGGAAAUUAAAGAGAGAAGAGAAAGGAAUCGUGAUAAGAGCUCAUUGAGUGUUCAAACUGAAGGAAAUAUAUUCUGUUGCAUGACAGAUCAACCAAGCUCCUCGGAAAUGGUAGUAAGACCAAAAGUUAGAAAGGAGAGAACUGACACUCAUUCCAAAAGGGAUCUGCACUCGCCUGAUGAGCUUUACGGCCAUUGUGUGAAGGAAAUGACGGGUAACAUUGAAUGUUGUGGAUCAAAUUUUGCCUUGUGGAAUUGCAUGGAUAAAAUGCAUAACGAUUCAAAAAUUGAUUCUGAAUCUAAUGUCAAAGGAACUACUGGCAUUCAUAAGGAACAGGCUACCAACCAACAAGAAAAUCCUGGUAAUACCAUAGCAGAAAACUUCUGGGAUGAAUUUGAAAAUGGUUGCAAUAUUGGGGAAGAGAGAAGCAGCUCUUUAAGCAGUGGUGAGGAGUGGUCAGCAAUAUGGACCUCUGAUUUUGUCUUAGAAAAAAUGCACUCUAGUGAUGAAAGCUGGGAAACCUUAUCAGGAGUUGAAGAACAGCCAACUGAACCAAACAGCAUUAGUAGCAGCUUGGAUGAAGAAGCCUUGAAGCACUGCUUUACUGUAGGCAGAGAACCAACCUCUUUGGAGGAAGGAGAGAUUCCCUGGGUGGCAUUUAAUGAAGAAAGCGAUAGCACUAGUAGCAGCAGCAGCAGCACUGAUGAGACUGAAGGGCUCGGUCAACUUGGGCAUUCAGGACUUUUAAUUCUGAAUGAUAGUAACAAUUUUGAAGAUGAUUCCAGCGUAAGUGAAGACUUGGAUAUGGAAUGGAGAUUGCUGGAUGAACUUGGUGAAGGGCUUGCAGCUCAAGCGAUAUCAUCCGUUGAUCCACAGCUCCUUACAUUCAUGGCUCUAGAAGAGCGAUUGGCUCAAGCAAUGGAGGCUGCUUUGGCACAUCUGGAGUCUCUGGCCAUAGACGGGGAACAGGCUCCACCUCCAGCUCCCAAGGAAACAAUUGAAUGCUUACCACAAGUUCCAAUCACUGAAGACCAUAAUGGCCUGGAGCAAACCUGUGCUAUCUGUUGCAGUGAAUAUGUGAAAGAAGAUUUGGUAACAGAAUUACCGUGUCACCAUCUGUUUCAUAAACCAUGUGUGACACUCUGGUUACAGAAGUCUGGGACAUGCCCUGUUUGUCGUCACAAUCUCACAUCAACACUUCCGGAAUCUGCUACUGCUGCUGCUACUACAUUUUUGUCAGAACCAGGAACCCCUCCUUCGCGUGAUAGUCCAACAAUCCGAUGAAGCCAGAUUCUUCCCAGUGAAUGUAAAGGAAACUGCACUAUUUUAAUAGGAGCAGAAAGUAUGAAACAUAUCUUUGUGAUUUUGUUUGUAGGCUUAUUUUGUUAAAGGCUGACAAAACUGUCAUACUACUGGUGAGGUGUUUAAUUCUGCAUUAUAAUUAUAUGUAAAAACUUCACUUAAUGGUUGUACUUUUGUGACAGAAAAGUAGACCUUUUGUAAAUAUUUGAUGGGGUAGAUUUAUGAUGUGAUUGCUUUGUUUCUUUGUUUAAAUGAAAUUCUAAAUAAGCAUUUUAUUUUGAAAAAAAUCAUGAAUUGUGAUGCUAAUAAUCAUUUGCAGAGAGCUUUUGGGCGCAAAUGUAUGAAGGUUUCGUUUUAAAUUUAAUUCUAAAGUUUUUUGUGUUUAAUGCACUGACUUUACAUUGGGUGAUGGAGCAUAAGGAAGUUGUCUUAGUUCCAUGAGAUAAAGUUGUUUAUUUUCUUACAAUGUGACCAGCACAGUGAUUAUAAAUGAUGAUGUCAUCUGAUAUCACAACAGCAUUGAGUUUUGUUUCCUUCAAUAAAGUGCAUCAUUAUAACUGUAAGCACUGCCAUACUCUUCAAAUUGAAUGUUAUUGCAAAUUUGAAAUUCAGGAAAGAAAUAAUCACAUCAUUUAAAGUUAGAACAUAAUGAAUUUUUGGACGGUUAUUUGCAACAUUUAAUAUUUGAUAGAAUUUUAUAUUAAGAGUCUUUUGAAAUAAUUCCCUUCCACAUGUUGCAUGCAAGACCACUACAAUAAUAACGUUUGAUACCCAGCUUGAAUAUAGCAUAGUUUAAUUAUAGUUACAUUUCUGAUCAGAGUUGCAUGCAGGGAAGUUCUCUUGAUAACUUAGAAAUAAAAUAAUUAAUUUAUUAACUUUUCAUUGUUUUUUCAAAAGUUGCGCUGUACAAUGUUAGAAUUUAAUUAUCCCCAAAAUAACAAUAAAGUAGUUAUAAAGCUUUCUUAUGGAAAAUCAAGUAUUUAAAAAUCACAAAUAAAUUUUUGGUGUUCGUUUUAGGUUUUUGAGAAUGUUUUCUGUUAUAAAUGGGUUAAAAUGCUUUGAAAACGGUUUAUCAGUUCUUAACAUGAAUCUAAUUAUAUUACUGUUACUGUGUUUACUAAAAACGCAGCUAGUGCCAGGAAGAUUUGUAUGAUAGUGGAAAUUGUGUCGAUAUUUUGGGCAAUAUGUGUCAUUUCUUUAUGUCAGAAGAGUUACAGUCCAAUGAAAAUGCUUUAUAUUAAAAUAACAGUGUCAUUCAAAACACUGAGUUUUUGAUUUAUAGGAAAA